AUGAAGCCAGCCGUGGAGCAGAGCAACGGGUCGUCAGCACUGACUCUGAACCCGGCGGCGGCGGCGCACCGUGCCGUCGGGGGGCAGCCGUCGUCGCCGUGCACGCCCAGGUCGCCGCCGCCGUCGUACGGGAGCAUCGUAACCGUGCUGAGCAUCGACGGCGGCGGCGUCCGCGGCAUCAUCCCGGGCACCAUCCUCGCGUUUCUGGAGGAGAAGCUGCAGGAGAUAGACGGCCCGGAGGCUCGGAUCGCCGACUACUUCGACGUGGUCGCCGGGACGAGCACCGGCGGGCUGGUGACCGCCAUGCUUACGGCGCCGGACGACCAGGGACGGCCGCUCUUCGCCGCCAAGGGGAUCAACGACUUCUACCUCGAGCACAGCCCCAAGAUCUUCCCUCCCAGACGAAGCAACCUGGGAUUGAUCAAGAGCCUCAUGUCUGGGCCAAAGUACGACGGCAAGUACCUCCACUCCGUGGUGCAGAAGCUGCUCGGCGACAAGCGUGUCAACCAGACGCUCACCAACGUCGUCAUCCCGACCUUCGACAUCAAGCUCCUCCAGCCCAUCACCUUCUCCAGAUUCGAUGCCCAGAACGAUGAGUCCAAGAACGCUCUCCUGUCGGACGUGUGCAUCAGCACGUCGGCGGCGCCGACGUACCUCCCCGGCCACCGCUUCGAGACCAAGGACAAGGACGGCAACUCCCGGGCCUUCAACCUCAUCGACGGCGGCGUCGCCGCCAACAAUCCGACGCUGCUGGCAAUGACCCACGUAAGCAAGCAGAUCCUGCUGGGCAACAAGGACUUCUUCCCGAUCAAGCCGACGGACUACGGCAAGUUCAUGAUCCUGUCGCUCGGCACCGGGUCGGCCAAGAUCGAGCAGAAGUACGACGCCACCCAGUCCAGCAAGUGGGGGAUCCUCGACUGGCUGUACCACGACGGCUCGACGCCGCUGAUCGACAGCUUCAGCCAGGCCAGCGCCGACCUCGUCGACAUCCACGCCUCCGUGCUCUUCCAGGCGCUGCGCUGCCAGAGGAGCUACCUUCGCAUCCAGGACGACGAGCUCACCGGCGACGCGGCAUCCGUCGACGUCUCCACGCCGGAGAACCUGAGGCGGCUGGUCGACGUCGGCAGGGCGCUCCUCAAGAAGCCGGCGUGCAAGGUGAACGUGGAGACCGGCAGGAACGAGCCCGACAUGGACAGGGGCACCAACGAGGAGGAGCUGAAGCAUUUCGCCGAGAUGCUGUCGGAGGAACGCAAGGCUAGGCUCCUGAAGAAGUUCAACGUUCAGUGAACAAUGCAUGCAUAUGCACAUGCGUCAUUUGAUUUUUUAUGUGAAAUAUUUGUGUAAUAAAAUCCAGCCUACAUCAGCAGAAUAAUCAUUAUUUGUCGUAACCGCCAUUUGAACAUGCAAUUUUCUUAUGCUAUAUAUUUUAUACUUUGUAGUUCGAUG